GGCACCGGCGAGGGGCGCGCGGCGGGGGCGCCAGGCCCCCCGCCUCUUCCUCAGCCCGUGCUUCUUUCCCCACCUCGCACCCCCAGUGAUGCUCGAUGAGAUGAACAUCCUCUGUUCCGAGGCUGCCCGUGCCCCAGUCGUCACCGCGUCGGCCUGGGGUCCAGCUGGGCACUGACCUAUCGCCCCGGCCGCCCCCAGGCAGCCCCGCGCUCCGAGGACCAUGCCUCCCCCGGCCCUGCCGGCGCUCCCGAACCUGCUCCGGCUCCUGCUGGCGCUCGCCGCGCUCUGGUGCCCAGUGAUGGAGAGCCGGGGAAUCAUGGACAGUCUCCAGAGAUUUUCCUCCUUGCCUGCCUAUCUGCCCAUGAGCUACCACAUCUGCAAUGCUGAGGUCUCCUUCUUUCUGAAAGAGGCCAACCAGGACCUCAUGAAGAACUCCAGUCUGCAGUCCAGGGUGGAGUCCUUCUUCAUCUAUCGAGCCAAGGAGCCCCCCACGGUGAAUGCCAGUUAUGGCCCCUUUUCUGUGGAGCGGGCGAUCCCCCGAGACCUCCUGCUGACCUUGGCACCCUUUGAUCACUCAGAGAAAUUUACUUUUAAUUGGAAACUAAAGUCACACAUCCUUGACAGCUCCAUCUAUUCCAACAGACCAAAAGUACAGACAUUGUUUUAUGUCACAGGAAUGGAUUGGGAGGAGAACAACCCAGUGGAAGACUUGCCCUGUGUUAAGAUGUUUGCCAUUCUAGAGUCCAGGGAAGUGGUGGCCAGCUGUAGGCUACAGGGAGACCUGGGACUUUGUGUUGCAGAGCUGGAGCUGUUGCCUGACUGGUUUGACCCUGUCCCAAUCCUGGAUCCUGAGGCAGAGGCUGAGGCUGAGUUAGCAGCAGGAGGCACCCCUGUGGAGCUAUUUUACAAACUGUGCCCCGCUGAUGAGUGGGGCAGAUGUUCUCCAGAGGAUGGCAAAUGGGAGAACAAUAUCCAUUCGGGCCAAGAAAAUACUCAUAAAGGGUUUUCGCCCAUGGAAAGGAUUGGCAGCGUAGUUGUCUACCCAACUCAGGACCAGACGAAGCGGUCCCUUGUGAGGCUAGAUGAGAACCUGGUGAUCUCUCUGCCGCUCAACCCUGUCCGGGAAGGGGAUACUGUCACCUUCUUUGUGUCCCUGGCUGGAGGCUCUACUGCAAACCACUUUACUCUCAGCAUAAAAGCUGCUCCUGGACUCAAGAUCAUGGCUGUGAGAGUCAGCGAUGAAGACGAGUGGGAGAUCCAAGAGGAAAUUGACAAUGGAGAGAUGCAGACCACUGCAACCCUUGUGUGUGUGGGCCACAUUCCUGACACCGAGAACAGAGUAAACACCUCCUUCUACGAGAUCCUGCAGAUGGACUUUGAAAUUGACAACAGCAGCGGGUUGGCGGGGGCUCAGCAAGUGACCUGGCAGAUCGAGUACCCCGACGAAGACUCGGCGGGCGAGCUGGUGGUCUCUGAGAUCUUCGUCAGCCAGACGACGUUCGCCGGCAUCGUUCCUCUGGCAAUGGACACAGAAGUAUUGAACACAGCUAUUCUGACGGGGAAGGCUGUCUCAGUUCCGGUCAAAGUGGUCGCUGUUGGAGAGGAUGGAUCUGUGGUCGACGUUUCAGACGCAGUGGAGUGUAAGUCCACAGAUGAAGAUGUCAUCAAGGUCUCUGACAGCUGUGACUCCAUCUUUGUGAAUGGAAAGGAGAUGAAGAGCAAAGUGGACACCAUCGUGAACUUCACUUACCAGCAUUUCACCACUCAGCUCGAAGUGACUGUCUGGGUCCCAAGGCUGCCUUUGCAGAUUGAGAUCUCAGACACAGAGCUGAGCCAGAUCAAGGGAUGGAGAAUCCCCGUUGCUGCCAACAAAAGGCCUACUCGAGACAGUGAUGAUGAUGAGGAUGAUGAAAAGAAAGGACGAGGCUGUACCCUUCAGUACCAGCAUGCCAUGGUGCGUGUGCUGACGCAGUUUGUGGCUGAGUCAUUGGAUUUAGGAGGCCAGCUGACCUAUAUGUUGGGCUCUGAUUGGCAGUUUGACAUCACCGAUCUAGUGACAGAUUUCAUGAAGGUGGAAGAACCAAGAAUUGCCACAUUACAAGAUGGCAGAACACUGGUUGGUCGUGAACAGGGAAUAACAACAGUGCAGGUCCUCUCGCCUCUCUCUGAUUCCAUCUUGGCUGAGAAGACAGUCAUAGUACUAGAUGACAGGGUCACCAUCACAGACCUAGGGGUCCAACUCGUGGCUGGCUUGUCACUUUCCUUGCAAGCCAGCAAAGGAAACAAAAGAGCCAUUGUCUCAACAUCAUCUGCUCAUGAUAUUCUUCGUGCCCCACAACAGGAAGCAAUAGUCAGUUCUUGGCUUUUGUUCAGCGAUGGUGCGGUGACUCCUUUAGAUAUUUAUGAUCCUAAGGAUUUCGCUGUUGCCGUCACAUCACUGGAUGAGAUGGUGGUGUCUGCCCAGCCAAGCCUUCAGUCCAAGUGGCCUGUUGUGGUUGCUGAGGGGGAAGGGCAAGGACCCUUGAUCAAGUUAGAAAUGAUGAUCAGUGAACCUUGUCAGAAGACCAAGAGAAAGAGUGUCCUUGCAGUUGGGAAAGGAAGUGUCAGGGUCAAAUUUGGACAAAAAGAGGAUGACAACCAAGGAAGUACCAAUGAUAUUGAAGGCAUCAGUCGGGAAUAUAAAGAACACCUCAGCAAUUCCAUAGAGAGGGAAGGAGACCAAGAGAGGGCCAUACAGGAAUGGUCCAAACAUGGAGCUUCUGCUGGCCAUGGAGAGAAUGGCAAUAAAACUACAACCCCACAGUCAUCUCUGGAGAGAAGGGGGAACAAGUACCUUGAGAAUGGCCAACUCCAGAAUAAUCCAGAUGCCUUCACAAGUUUCCCUACCCAAGUGGAGUUACCAGAGCCAAAUAAUCCCAAUGAUCUCUCACUGACCUCUAGGGGGUUAACAGACUUAGAGAUCGGCAUGUAUGCCCUCCUCUGUGUCUUCUGCCUGGCCAUUUUAGUCUUCUUAAUCAACUGUGUGGCAUUCGCUUGGAAGUAUAGGCACAAAAGGUUUUCAGUGAGUGAACAAGGAAACAUCCCCCACUCUCAUGACUGGGUUUGGCUCGGAAAUGAAGUAGAACUCUUGGAGAACCCCGUGGACAUCUCCCUUCCAUCAGAGGAGUGCACCACCAUGCUGGACCGUGGGAUGCAGUUCGAGGAGAGCAACUUCCUUCUAAAUGGCAGCUCUCAGACAGCACUGCACAGCCAACUCCUUAGACCUUCUGAUUAUGUCUAUGAAAAAGAAAUAAAAAGCGAACCUCUCAAUCCUGGCCCCAAAAGGAAACGAGUCAAGUUCACUUCAUAUACCACUAUUCUUCCAGAGGAUGGAGGCCCAUACACCAACUCUAUCCUCUAUGACAGUGACGAUAACAUCAAGUGGGUUUGCCCAGAUAUGAGUCUUGGGGACUCCCAAGAGUUUAGAGACUAUAUGGAAAGACUGCAAGACCACAUGUAAACUACUUUAUUAUGUUUGUAUUCACCUUUAUGCCUUCUGUUUUGGAAUGGUGGAGCAGGAAGUCCUGUCAGCAAUAGGGGAGGAUGAAGCUGAGCUCAAGAUGUGGAGGUCUGGAUGGACCACUUCCCACUCGGGUAGCAGAGCUAAAAUGGUUUCAUUCAAAGCCAGGGCGUGCCCCUCUCAAAAACCAUGUGGUGGAUGCUGCAACGGUUUGGGGGGAAGGGGUCUAAGACAGCCAUUUUUUGAUACUGCCUGGUACUAGCACAGCGCUAAUACAAAUAAACUUCCGACCCAUGGGACACAGCGAAAGAUUCAUGACAUCUCAUGAUGGACAGUCGUUUGGAAUUAGAGAGGACCUGGGGGUUGAUUUUUUUUCUAUUCCUAGUCCUUUGUAAAGCACAGUGGACAUUUCCUUGCCCUUGGCCUGAGAAUAGACAUCUUUGAAAGAUAAUUGAAUGUAGCCAUUUCAUUUUAUUUGUGAUGAGCCGUGCUCAUGGUUUUUUAUAUACAUUUAUACCGACCCCCUUGUUCACGUGGCCUCUGGAUUUCUUUUAGACAAUGGAAGAGAAGAAAUCUCAAACUUUCCUUUUGGGGAUCUUUUUGAUUUGUAUAAAAAUAUUUAGUUUGUUGUCUUUGCCAUGCUGUUUAGACGUGUCCAUUUGGAUGCCUGAUUUCUCUCCACAUUGGCAUCUUUUUAGCUUUUAGGGAUGGUCCCUAAGAAUCGCAUCUUCAUCUUCUCCUUUUCUUCUUCCACACUGGAAUCCUUGGUAGCAGGCUGGCGGGGUGGGGAGGAUGUCCUUUGGCAUCUUUCGAUCUCCAGCUUGAAAAGUUUGGAGAGAGGGGGAUAUUAAUGGGGCAUUAGUCACUUUAUUUUUAUCCUGGGCAACUGGAAAAUUAAUGGGAAACUCUGGGGCCCCUUUUCAUAGAGGGAAAAAUGUCUCAAUUAAAACAGCUGUAUUUAUAUAAGCACGCUGUGGUCAACACAUUUUAUUAUCCAAAUGGAGAUUUAAAAUUAGAACUAACAUAUGCAGAAAGAAAAAUGCCUAGGAAAUAGCAGAUUAAACUCUCUGUGUUCCUCCUCCCCACCCCAGACUAUUAUUAUUAUUAUUAAAAUGAUAUUCCAAUUUAGCAAUAUGUAGAAAUCCAUCUAUACAGUGAUUUGGAAACAAUAUCCAUUAUCAUAAUUCUGGAAGAGACAAAACCUUUGUGGGAUGUGCACUGAAGGAGAAAAGGGAUGGAUAUUGUCCCAAAAAAUCAUCAGAGAGAAAUGACUGUUCCCCAGUUGAUGGAACAGUUUAAUGGAAAAAAAAACCCACAACUAACGAAUACAAGGGCUGGGAAUAGAAAGUGGCAAAAGAAAAAGGAGACAGCAGGUCAUCUUUGUAUAACUUUUAAACAGAAAAAAUAUAUUAUUGGAAGAACAGAACAGUUGAUCUUCAGUGAAAUGGAAAUUUAUUUGACAGCAGACAAAAACAGUCAAAGUCUGCUGGCACAGGUCAGAAAUUGGGCCAGAGUGAUCUCUUGGUGGGCUCUAUUGACAUAAGGUGAACAGCAGAGAGCUGGGCGCCUCAUCUAGUCCACUUGCCUCUUUCUAGGUAGGCUGAUGGCUGAUUGAAUCACCCAAGAAAGACCUAUGAUUCAUAGUCUUAUUUUUAUAGAUUUCCAGGGACAGAGACUCCACCAAGCUCUCCCCACCCCAAAGUAUCUUCCAAGGUUUAAUCAUGUCUGCUGUCAAGAAGGUCUUCCUUAAUUUCGUGCUUCCAGCAUUAUGGGAUUUGGUUAUACAUUGUACUAGGUAGCAGGUGGAACACAGAAGACCACCCCACUGAAGCCAUCUCUCUGUGGCUGUUGCAUUUGUGGUCAGGGUCAGAGGUUUGGUCAAAUUUCAAAGUCCCUUCCUUUUGACCAAAGGAUGAAAUUUUGUGACCCCAAGAAGCAUUUUCUAUGAAAAGAAUUCUCAAUGAGAAAGAAAUAAACCAAGUGUGUAGAGGAUGGGUUGGGAUGGGGGACUCUUGAAUUAGCCAAUGGAUGCCUAUGUACUUAUUUGAACUAGAAUCUAAGGUAUUUCCUGAGCCUAUGAUCCCUGCCCAAUCAAGGUUGUCAGUUACAGUGGGCAGACAUCAUGGUAAAGUGGAAAGAUUGCUGUAUUUGGAGUCAGAGGGUUCAAAUCCUGGCCCUGCUAUGUACUAUCUAUAUGAUCUGGGGCAAGUAAUUUACCUGCUCUUGGCCUUAGAGUCUUCAUCUGUAAAAAGAAGGGCAUGGAUCAGCUGAUUGCUCAAUUUCCUCCUAGUUUUAAUUCUAUGGUGGGCCUAGGAGAUUCUUAGACAAUUUUAAAAUAGAUUCUUCCAAUGAGAACAGGGACAUUUUCUUUUCUUCUAUGUUGAGUCUCUUUGCUUGCCCUAAAUACAAAGAAGGUAAAUUAAUGAAACUGAGGGGGCUAAACUAAUUCAGGAGUGAGCCAGGCCAUCUAUUUCCUGCUGAUAACAACAGGAUUUGGACAAAUAAAUUAAUUUAAAAAUUAAUUAAAUUAAAAGGGAGCUCAAUUUUGCACUGAGAAUUGUAGUUAAAGCAGUUUGCAAAUUAAGAGCUUUUCCUAAGGGUGGGUGGGGCAAUGGGAAGACAAGCACAAAGGCCUUUAGAAUUCUGCAGCUAGAAUAGGAGACUGCCAGAGGUUGGCCUCUGUAACAGACUAUUAUUGGUCAUUGUGAGAAACCUGAGUCCAUUAGAAUAGACUACUCUACCACCCCAAAGUCAGAUGGAAUCUGUGGGCUCCCACUGGCUAACAUAUCUUUUCAUUCCCUUAGUUUGAUUUGAUUUGAUUUAAAACAAAUCUCCCUAUCUUGCCGAGGCUGGGUGUGCAAGGAUGAGUCAUAGGCUUGGUCCACUCUGAGCACAACAGAAUCUUUAGCCUCCUCUGUUUCUGACCUGUGCUGGUUCAUCCCACCUUAGGCAAGCUAGUGACCCACUGCUCUUGGAGCCUCACAGUAAUAAUGCUGAGCUUAUCAAUAAUGUUGAAGCAGCUAAGUCCAUUGCAACUCGGCAUUCCCAGGCCCAAGAAGCUUCUCAGACUGAUUCUUAGCAUCCCAGGUAGCUGGGAUGACAGGUGUGUGCCAUCGCACCCCACGCAAGAUAUCAUUUAAGCAAGAAAGCAAGAGAAUGUCCAGUUGUCUGUGGAUGGGCAGUUGUUUUUGAAUACUGUGUACCUUUAAAUAAACUGGUAUCAGUUUAUAUAUCAGUUAUAUACAAAGUACGACUGUGGUUUGAUCUGCCAUCCUUGCUGAUUUCUAAAGACAACAGGAGAAAAAAUCCUGAUCUAUUUAUGGCCUCCUUAAUUUAGAUAAUUGUAGAGGGAGAAAAAAAACAACAACAACAAGAAACUGUGGACUGAAUGAUAAAUGCUUUUAUGAGUUGAAAUAUCCCAGGGAAGGUAGAACUAUAUAGACCUGGCUGGAGAAAGUCCUUAGAUCAGAAACAAUUGGAAAUAAUGGCUGCUUCUUUCUUUUGAUAAUAAAAGCUUAAAUUUGCCCUCAUGUAACUUAUAUUUCACUCCACAAGUCACUGAGCUCCUAAAUUCAUAGAAUCUCAGAGUUUGAGGAGGGAGUGUAAACAAACAAAAAAAAAAUAACUCACUGAAUCCCCAAAUCACAAAAUCUCAGAUUUGGAAGAGAUCUCAGCAGCCACAUCUAGACCAACCCAGCCUGGAAAGGAAUCCCUACUAAAGCAUACCCUAAAGUAUUCAUCCCUCUUCCAUUUGAAGACACCUCCAGUGGAGAGAUUGGAAGGGCCACCAUCUCAUGAGGCUGCCCAUUCCCAUUUGGGAUGGUUCUCAUUGUUAGGAAGUUUUUCCUGACCCCAACUGUAAAGUUGCUGCUUCAUAACUUUCCCACAUUGCUCCUGGUUCUGCCUUCUUGACCCAAGCAGAACAGAUUCUAAUCCUCUUCCAUAUGAGAGCCCUUCCCAUAUUUGGAAACAGCUAUCAUGACCCUCCCUCACCCCAGUCUUCUUUUCUUCCAAUCUCUUAAACUUCUUCUCAUCCUCAGUCCCUUCAAAUAUUCCUUAUUUGAUAUGAACUCAACGUUCUUCAAUGUCCUGGUUGGCGUCCUCUGGACACUCUCCAGCUAUGAAGGUCCUUCUUAAAUUAUGGGACUGUUGAGCCCAGAGGUCAACCCAAUCCUUCAGAUGAGAUUGGAUCAUAUCAGAGAUCAGAGGGACUAUGCCCUCCUUUUUCUUUGUCAUGCUUCUUUUAAUAGAUCUUCAAGACACACUGACCUUUUUGGCCACCAAUAAACUAACUGCAGAGUCCAUAGACCAUAGGUUUAGAACUAGAAGGACCUUAGAAAUCAUUUCAACCAAACCCCUUAUUUUAACAGAUGAAGAAACUGAGACUCAGAGAGAUCAAGUGAUUGUCCAAGAUCACGAAGGCAAUAAAUAAGUAGGAGAGACUGUAUUAGAACCUACAGCAUCUGAUCUUAAUUUCCAUGCUCUUCCCACUACACCAUGGUGCCUCCUUAUGAUCUAACCCAUCCUUCCACAAGAAUCUCAUGUACUCCAUUGUAUUUUUAAUUUGACAAAUCAAUUAGACACCUAAUAUGUGCCAGACAUUGUCCUGGAUACUAUGGAUAUAAACUCCAAAUUAAACAGUCCUUCCCUUCAGGAACUUCCAUUCUUCAGCAUCACCAACAAGUGCCCAUCCUGUGUGGAAAAAUCGACUAUUCAAUUUUUACAAAGCAUUUAUUUAGUACCUGUUGUCUACAAGGCACUGUGCUAGGUUGUGGGCAUACAAAGACAAGAAUGCAGCAAUCCAUUCUCAAGAGGAGUUUAGGUUCCACUUACAUUUUAUAGUUUUUUAUCUAUACAAUUAGGAGGAUGAACCAGAUGGUCACUGUAGUCCCUUCCCACUCUUGAUCUAUGAUCCUGUCAGUCUUCUUGACUUCCCAAGAUAGUCUGUCAAUCAAUCAUUCAAUUAAGAAGCAUUUGUUUAGCACCUAUUAUGUGAUAAGAACGGAGCUAGGUGCUAGGUAUGUUGUUGUUGUUGUUGUUGAGUUGUUUCAAUUGUGUCCGACUCUUUGUGACCCCAUUUGGGGUUUUCUUGGCAAAGAUACUGGAUUAAUUUGUCCUUUUCUUCUCCAGCUCAUUUUACA